CCGGUUGUUAGUGGAAAUUAUCGGUAGACGGUGCUGUUUUCGUGGAUUUCAUUGAGCGCUGUUUGUCGUGAGGAUUUGCAGUAGAUUCAUCCAUGAUGGCGGAGGACAGCGAGUCCGCGGCCAGCCAGCAGAGCCUGGAGCUGGACGACCAGGACACCUGCGGCAUCGAUGGAGACAACGAGGAGGAGAACGAGUACAUGCAGGGGAGUCCUGGUGGAGAUCUCGGUGCAAAGAAGAAGAAAAAGAAACAGAAGAGGAAGAAGGAGAAGCCAAGCUCAGGAGGAACCAAGUCUGAUUCUGCCUCUGAUUCUCAGGAGAUAAAGAACCCUGCCAUCCCCAUGCAGAAACUGCAGGACAUUCAGAGAGCUAUGGAGCUCCUGUCCACUUGUCAAGGUCCAGCCAAAAACAUAGACGAGGCCACAAAGCACAAGUACCAGUUCUGGGACACUCAGCCUGUGCCCAAACUUAAUGAGGUGGUGACAACUCAUGGGCCAAUUGAACCAGAUAAAGAAAAUAUCAGACAAGAGCCAUAUUCCCUCCCACAGGGAUUUAUGUGGGACACAUUGGACCUCAGCAAUGCCGAAGUGCUAAAAGAGCUGUACACUUUGCUGAAUGAAAAUUAUGUUGAAGAUGAUGACAACAUGUUUAGAUUUGACUAUUCUCCCAACUUUCUGAAAUGGGCGUUACGUCCUCCGGGUUGGCUGCCCCAUUGGCACUGUGGUGUCAGGGUUUCCUCCAAUAAAAAGCUUGUUGGGUUCAUCAGUGCCAUUCCUGCUGACAUCCACAUCUAUGACACGUUGAAGAAGAUGGUGGAAAUAAACUUCUUGUGUGUGCAUAAGAAAUUACGCUCAAAGCGUGUCGCUCCGGUGUUGAUCCGAGAGAUCACGCGGCGGGUCAAUUUAGAAGGAAUUUUCCAGGCUGUGUACACUGCCGGUGUUGUGCUGCCCAAACCCGUGUCCACAUGCAGGUACUGGCAUCGCUCUCUUAACCCCAGAAAACUUGUAGAGGUAAAGUUUUCCCACCUCAGCAGAAACAUGACACUACAGCGAACAAUGAAACUCUACAGAUUACCUGAUAGUACUCGUACUCCUGGUUUGAGGGUGAUGUUAGAGGGAGAUGUGAAGAAGGUGACGGCACUGCUGCAGAAACACCUGAGCAAGUUUCACCUGAGACCUGUUAUGGGUGAAGAGGAGGUGAAGCAUUGGUUCCUACCACAGGAGAACAUCAUUGACACUUUUGUAGUGGAGGGAUCUGGUGGGCUGCUAACAGACUUUAUCAGUUUCUACACUCUGCCAUCUACGGUGAUGCAUCAUCCUCUGCACAAAAGCCUCAAGGCCGCUUAUUCCUUUUACAAUGUCCAUACAGAGACGCCGCUCAUAGACCUGAUGAACGACGCUCUCAUCCUAGCCAAACUGAAAGGUUUCGAUGUUUUUAAUGCACUGGAUCUAAUGGACAAUAAGACUUUCUUGGAAAAGCUCAAGUUUGGGAUUGGAGAUGGUAACCUGCAGUAUUAUCUGUAUAACUGGAAAUGUCCCCCUAUGGACCCAGAAAAAGUUGGCCUUGUUUUACAGUAACUGGCUGCUUCGCUUUGGAUGCAGACUGACUUAAAGGUUCAUCUCAGAAUUUUUGACUUGGACUUAAUCUAUAUAAAGAGGAAAAACUGACAUCCAUUCAAAGUGAAUGAGUUGUGAUGUGCAGCUCUCUUAGGUCUUGUUCCGGUUAUCGAGGGUGUCUCCCUCUUUUCUCUUUGUCUUUGACUCUCUCUUUCAGAGAAUGUGAGAAACAUUAUCAACGUCAAACACAUCCACAAGCUGUAUACAAAUGUAUUUCCCUGAACAUCCAAACUGUAUCCUCUCACAGACAUAUGUUUGAUCUCAUAUGUUUUGUUUUUGUUCAUUUGUUUUGUAUUAUGAAGGUGCGUUGAUAAAUUUGUGUGAGUUAGCAAGCUGUACAUUUAAUGCCAGAUAUUUAUUACGUAUUGUGUGGUUUACAAUGGACCAGGACGGGGAGUUGAAAUCCAAAGUCUUUUUUAUGGAGCUGCCUUUGAAGUCGUAUGCCGUUUGGAGUUCCUGCUGUCUGUGUGAAAGCAAGUUUAUGUUACAUGUGUGGAAGAAUGUACUGCGUUUUGAAGCACAUCAUCAACGUGUUUAUAAAGGGCCGGAAAGCUCUGAGGUGCAUUUUUAAGAUUUUUGCUGAAGAAAAUGUUUUGUGUGUAGAAUUUUGAAUGUGAAUUCAUUUCAAUUUCCUUUCAUGAAGACAUUGUUACACAUUACACAGCCCAUUUCAUUUUUUUAUUAUUUAGUGCUUUUAAAUUAUUAUUUUAGAACAACAAUUCUGACAUUUAGAAUUGUAUUUAAGUUACAUGUUUCUCUUAUUUCUUGGUUUUCUUUAUUCUUUCAGUAUUCUUUGCAGAGACCAUAACCUCAUUCGAUGGUUCGUUUGCUAUAAAGCCCUGGUGAUUUUCCUGUAUUUAAGCACAAGGAGAUAAGAACAAUCGUCUAUGUUGUUAUUUUGUUAAAAUUGGCAAUGCAGCCAUAACACUUGCUUGCUGUUCAGUUGGCUGUCUGUUACAAUCACUGUUAGGGUGAAGCAUAUUGACAUGUGAAUAGGGCUGUGACGGUGGCAAAUUUUUACCAUCGCGGUGGAACCAUCAACAACAACCGCCGGUGUUGCGGUGGUGGGGUCCAUGGGGGGGGUUAGGGUGGAUUAAAUGGUGAAAGAAAAUAACAUUUCACUAAAUGCGCGCGACUUUAACCUGGUAAAAAUUUUAUUUCACAACAAAAGACAAACGUGAUGUGUAUGUAUUUCACUGUCACUGGAGACCAAAAGAAACGAACGCAGACGCACAACACAGUGACAUGGCUAAACUCCAACGUGCUGAGUUAUGCUAAAAUCCACCAGUUUGGUGGAAACGCCAUAUGGUAAUGUAGUGGAGAUUUGUGUAUUAACAUAAAACAAUGUUAUAAAUUUGUAUCUUAGGCUAUAAAUUACUGUACAACUUUUGUUAUUAUUAUUUCACGUGUACAAAAAACUGCAAUUUUUACUUAUUAUUUUGUUUAAUCAUUCACCUGAUAUGUGACGUCACACAACCGCCGGUGGCACUUCACCACUGCGGUGGCAAUGCACCACCGCGGUGGUGCGGUGGUCAUGACAACUGUGCCACCCCUACAUGUGAACAAUUUUUAUUAUAUUAGCAAAAAAUGAUUUUGUGUUACUACAGCUUGUCUCGGUUUGCUUUUAUGUAUUUAAAUCAACAAUAUGCUUUUAAAUAAGAGCACGUCCGAACAUGCUAAAAAGAAAGGUACUCUUCUCAGAUGUCCCACAUUUUAACUUUAUUUCAAUCUGUGGUUUAUUCUGUAACAUCCAGGGCACUUUGUAAAUGUCAGUUUGAGUAAGUUUUUCUAAAGCUUGCUGUAUGAAAUGAGCAUGAUCUCAUUUUUGUCAAUCCAUAAACCCAGAACUGGGCUUUAGUGAGAACACCCAGAGUACUUGCCUUAUUUAAGAGAGUUUUUUUUUUUUUUUUUGAAAUGUCAAAUGUGUAGUUUUAAAUGAUCAGCUUUCUCUUUCUGAAACAGUAUUUUUAUUGGAUUCCAUUGCAGGUUGUUUAAAGAACUGAUAUGGGAAUAAGUACCAGCACCAUGACAAAUCACCCAAAUAUCUUAAUUGUCAAAAAUAUACAUCAAGGUAUACCAGCAUGGAUAUUUGACUGAAUAAAAGCAUCUACAAUUUAAAUUUAAUUGGAGUCUUUUUACUCUGUAAACUAUUAAAAAAGAAAA